CAUUCAUAACGCAAAUAGCUGUAACUUGUAUCAAAGAACCAUUCUCACAUACAUCCCCCCUUCUUUACUCUAUAUAAUUCCAACCCUUUGUCUUACUUCUUUUAUAACGCAAAAAAGCGGUUAUAACUUGUGUUAAAGGACCUCUCUCAAAUAUCUCACAUACAUCCCCUAGCUCUCCCCUGCAUAUAUUAAAAUAGUAUAAUGGAUUCAAAAUCCCAGAGCCAUGAAACAGCCAUUAACAUAUCUGAAACAGAGUCCAACAAAGGAAAAUCUACUGCUGCUGCGCCUGCUGCCACAAUUGUAGCUACCACAAAAGCUAUUCCUCAUAAUCAGAAGGGUGGAUGGCGACGAGGGGUUGCGAUAUUCGACUUUAUUCUGCGACUUUGUGGCCUUGUGGCUGCUCUGGCUGCUGCUACUACCAUGGGAACUACUGAUGAAACUCUUCCUCUUUUUACUCAGUUCUUUCAGUUCGAAGCUAGCUAUGAUGACCUCCCUGCUUUCUCGUAUUUUGUGGUGGCAAAUGCUAUUGCAAGUGGAUACCUUGUCCUCUCUCUACCUUUCUCCAUUGUUUGCAUUGUUCGACCACAUCUUGUUGGAGCUAGACUUCUUCUGUUAAUUCUUGACACAGUAAUGGUGGCAUUUACCACGGCUGGAGCAGCUGCGGCGGCUGCCAUAGUGUACUUAGCAGAAAACGGCAACUCCACCACACAAUGGCUGGCGAUAUGCCAGCAAUUCGGCGAUUUCUGCCAGCGAGUGAGCGGCGCCGUCGUGGCUUCCUUCAUUGCGGCAGUCAUCUUCAUCUUCCUUGUCAUUUUCUCUGCCCUGUCUCUCCGAAGACACUAAGACCAAAUGGACAUUUGGAGUCGCCACUGUUGUUUAUGGAAUGUACUAUCUUAUCGUAUGAUGUGCUCACUUUCGCAAAUAUUUGGAUUUGGUUUGUCUUUCAUUUUGAGUUGUUGUAAUGAAGUUUUUUUGACUUCUUGGACGUCAAUUUGCAUAUUCACUUCUCUAAUACGGUUCCAAACAGAAAAAUUCAAAUCUAGAUUGCAGUGUGUCUCUCCAACUUAUUUUAACCAAAAAUGAAAAGUACUACUAGGAAGUUGGAUUAAUUUUUCUCCAA